AUGACUAGAACCUUACAAUUGUACCUCGCAGCGCUUUUGCUGGCGCUAGCGGCAGCUUCUCCCGUGUUCCCAGCAUUUUUUGGUUUGCCGGGCACACGCUCACAAAACAAGCCAAUUCCCGGAGACUCACCUCUUGAGCAGUGCGAUGCCGACGACAAGCAGCUGCUGACCAUUCAGCUGGUGAACCUGUUGCCCAACCCCCCUGUAAGAGGCGAAAACGUGACAGUCUCCGCGGCGGGCCAUGUCAAGGAAACCAUAAAAGAGGGCGCGUACGUGGAUGUCGAGGUGCGUCUGGGCUACAUCAAGCUGUUGACGCAGACCUAUGACCUCUGUGAAGAGCUCGAGAAAAACGACGUUGGCGGGCUCAAGUGCCCAAUUGCUCCAGGCGACUACAAGAUCGACAAAACCGUGGAGAUCCCUCAGGAGGUGCCUCCAGGAAAGUACACUGUUCUGGCUAGAGCGUACACCGAGGAUGAUGACGAGAUCACCUGCCUAAGUGGCGACAUUUUCUUCCCAUCCUAUUAG